AUGGAGAACCAACACAUCGACUUUGACGGGGCCAUCUACGGCGUAGAAGGUGCCUUUGACCCAUCCUUCGACCCGAACCGCCAAACCUACAACUUCUCCCAGACCUGGCCGCUGCCAAUCUCACCAGGAACCAUGCAACAACAACAGCAACACGAUGGCAGCCAACAGCACCAGCAAACCCAGCAAACCCAACACUCGCACCAGCGCCGUCUCAACACCGUGGCCGCUUCGAAUGCUCACAACACACACCCGAGCACGACGAGCAUGGCUCCGCUCAACACCAUGGGCCUCGGCUUCCCCGCCGCCAUGCAGCCCAUGAACCCUAUGCUCGCGACGUGGAUGAACAUGAACACAAACACCGAUGGUUUUGGGCCCGACAUGUACGGCCAGGGCUCCAUGACCAUUGGCCCAGACUUUACUGCCUCGUACGGGGGUGCACUGCAAACGUCGCCUAUCGAGUUCGGCAUUAACUCGCACGUCGUGAUGAACCCGAUGAUGAACUUCAUGAACCCAAACAGCAUGGAUGCAGGGCUCUCCACCUUGAGUGCUGCCCCAUUCCAAAUGUCCGACUUCCAUCCCGAUUUGAACAACAUGUCUAAUCACGACUUCAACGCCGGUUCAAACGCCACUGCAAACAGCGUGGGCACGGGCUCACCUGGUGAGAACUGGAUGGAAAUCCGCUCCUUGUCCAGUAGCGACAAUGGCUGGGUCGACGUCGGCGUCCAAUACGGCCACCGCCACCGCCAGUCCUACGACUUCUCCGACAGCUCUGCCAUCUUUGUCAAUCCUGCCGACACACUGCACCCCACCCACGUCCCCCCGAUGCGCGUCCGCUCCGGCUCAGCAGACUCGACUCACUCCGACGCCCCACCAUCAGCCCGUUCUUUCAGCAGCUACGACUUCCUGAGCUCGCCUCAGUCGGAGACUGAAAACAUUGCUCUGGAGUUGGUGCCUUCACGUAGCUCGCACAGCUCGCAUCACUCCCACCACUCACUCGCGUACUCGUCUGACGGUUGCAACCACGACCACAGUCACGGCCUCCCAUUCAGCGACCAUGACUUCUCACACAUCUCCCCUACCCAGUCCGUCAGCCCUCCAAUGGCACGCGUAGAGCCCAUUGUCAUCAAGCAGACAUCGUCAAAUACUGCGUCACCAUCCUCAUCGGCCGUCGGCUCACCGCCGGCUCGCCGCAGGAAGUCGCCUGCCACGGCAUCUGGCUCAAAGCCCGCAAAGACCAUUGUCAAGAAGACCACUGCUCACACCACCAAGAAAGAUACCACUGGCGAGAAGCGUGUCGGCAGGAGACGUGGGCCUCUCAGGCCUGACCAGAGGGCACAAGCUCAUGAGAUCCGCAAGCUUCGUGCCUGUCUGAGGUGCAAGUUCCUCAAGAAGACGUGCGACAAGGGCGACCCGUGCGCCGGAUGCCAGCCAUCACACGCACGUCUUUGGCAGGUUCCGUGCACGCGCAUUGACAUCAAAGAUAUUGCGUACUUCAUGAAGGACUGGAAGGCCGAUUACGAGCGUCACGUAAGCCUUGGUUUCUCCAUUGGGAACAUCAAGGGCUUCUCGACAUCAGAGCGCCUCAUCUACGUCACCCACGGCUAUGGCCACUACUUGCCCAUCAUGGCCCGUGACGUCUACGUCCGCGAUGAGAAGUGCUUCGGCGUUGACUGGCAUGAGACUCUCAACGGUCUCCACUUUGAGAUCAACACUGCCAAGCUGUCCGCCGGUAUGGAGGGCAUCUCGCGCGCCAUGCUCUCCGACUAUCUUGACCGCCACAUUGAUGGUGGUUUCGAGCAGUUUGUCGAUGAGUACUUUGAGGGUACCUACUUCGUCACUGAGCUAUUGAAGACUGCCUACCGCUUCUACUGCCGUGAGAAGCUUCCCGUCAUCCGCAAGGCUCUCAAGCUUGUCCUUGCCUACAACCUGACUCUCCACGUUACAAUGGUCGAGGGUCUUGGUGAGGAGGACAACACGCCUGGUAAGGUCGAGGACCAACAGUCCAAAUUCUCUGGCAAGACCAUUGCGCCUGUCAUGAUCAACUUCCAAGUCAAGUGUGCUCUUGCGGACAUGUGGCGUGAGCUGCAAAAGGACGUCCUUGAGGAGCUUUCUGCUCUCUACCAGUCUGUGUACAGCGGUGACAAGCUGAAGAACUGGCCUACCAUCUUCAUGCUCGCUGCCAUUCUGUUGGCUGUCUGGGAGCUGAUUCAGUUCGACUGCAACUACCGCGUCCCUGAUCUCGGCGCUGUUAACAAGUUCUGCGGCGAGAUGGAGGGUACGCCCGUCGGUGUCAUCGUUGGUCUCUUCUCGGCCAUUUCCCAGAAGCUUCCCUCCUUUACCGAGUGGGACUCGCGGAAACACCAUCACCUCCUCAACUCGAACCCUGCCGUCUGCGACGCCAUGACAGAGGUUCGCGCGCACGUUACCAAAUAUGAGACGUACCUCCGUUCAAGAAGUGAUUGCAAGUUCGAUCGUCAGGACUUUGACUCCUUGUCGAACAAGUUCCUCUCGAAGCUUGUCAUCAGGGCCAACUAA